UUGUAAACUAUAGCGUCCUCAAAUUUAGAAGAACCUGGCUCGUUCUUUCAAACCCGGCUGCCGCGAGUGCAAGUAAUAUUCAUCUCCGAACCCAAACACACUCAGGAACUGACAGUUUAUUGCAUGCUCGGAUUGGAUAUGAAUCUAAAUUUUACAUCGCCCGUCCAUCAAAUGCCCGCUCAGAGGCCGACGUCGUUCUUCAUUGAAGAUAUUUUGCUGCACAAGCCCAAACCCCUGAGAGAUGUGUUUCCUUCGCCCUUCACAAGUUCAUUGGCAUCCCGGGUGCCGCUUUUGGAGUAUGGAUACCCUCUGAUGCCAACCCCUACUAUACUGGCACCCCAUCCUCAUCACCCCCUGCAUAAACCAGAUCAUCACCCCUAUUUCCUCACCACCUCUGGUAUGCAGGUUCCGGCAUUAUUUCAACACCAUCCGGAGUUGCCGGGAAAGCACUGCAGACGCAGAAAAGCCAGAACAGUGUUUUCCGACUCUCAGCUAUCGGGUUUGGAAAAGAGAUUUGAAAUCCAGCGGUAUCUGUCCACUCCAGAGCGAGUUGAGUUGGCAACAGCCCUCAGCCUUUCGGAAACACAGGUAAAAACGUGGUUUCAGAACAGAAGAAUGAAGCAUAAAAAGCAACUUAGAAAAACGCAAGACGACCAGAAAAGUCCAAAUGACUUGGAUCAGUCUCUAGAGAACAACUCCAGCGAAAACGAAGGCAACGAGAAGAUCUCUCUGGAUGUCAAGACUGCAAGCGCCCAGAACACCUACAUCCUGGAGGAAAACGAAGACGACGUUGAUAUUGAAGACGACGACAUCUGUUCCCCCGAACACUUAAUUUAAGCGACUUUUAGGUCAAGUUUUUGAACACUUGCAGAAUAACACAUUGUGACGACUUGGAAGAAGACAAAGGGGGUUUAUAUUCCUUAUAGCGGUGUAAGGUGCGAUCUCAGCAAAAAAAAAAAAUGAAAGCACUUCUGUGAAACAUCCAUAUGAUACAAUAGUACUUAUUGUAAAUUUCAUAACGGAAUACGAAUAACACUUAUGGAAAUAAGUGAAAUAGAGCACAGAAGCAGUGUCACCUUCUGGAGUCCCAAACUAAUAUAGUUUCAAUUUAAAAAAAAAUAUUUUUCAUGUCGACUUUUACAAAAUGCAGGAACUGCCCUGCUAUUGGUGAUAAUGA